CUACUAUCCAUGUGAGCGACACAUGACCUGUACCAACACGGUGGGUUCCUACCUGUGCAACUGCAACGCAGGGUUCCAAUUACCUCCUGCGGACAGUGCAGGAACGGAUUGUGUAGAUAUCGAUGAAUGCAAAUCCUCACCCUGUGUUGAUAAGGCAACUUGUACCAACACCGAGGGCUCCUAUGAGUGCAAAUGCAGCGCUGGGUUUCAGGAAUUGUCUGGCAACAGUGGAGAGAUGAUAUGUGCAGAUAUUGACGAAUGCAAAUCCUCACCCUGUGGCAAAAACACGUUUUGCGACAACACGCCGGGUUCGUACCAGUGCAACUGCAUCGCAGGGUUUCAUGCAUCAGCUGCAACCACCGGCAUCGGUGCAGAGGAUUGUGAAGAUAUCGAUGAAUGCAAAUCCUCAGCCUGUGGUGAUAAGGCAACUUGUACCAACACCGAGGGCUCUUAUGAGUGCAAAUGCAGCGCUGGGUUUCAGGAAUUGUCUGGCAACAGUGGAGGGAAGAUCUGUGCAGAUAUCGACGAAUGUAAUUCCUCACCCUGUCAUGUUAAUGCAACCUGUCUCAACACAAAUGGUUCCUACGACUGUACCUGCAACUCAGGGUUUCAGGAACCAGCCAGACAUGCCGGAAAACGUAAAGGGCUGAUGUGUGAAGAUGUCGAGGAGUGUGUCUCCUAUCCAUGUGAGCGACACAUGACCUGUACCAACACGGUGGGUUCCUACCUGUGCAACUGCAACGCAGGGUUCCAAUUACCUCCUGCGGACAGUGCAGGAACGGAUUGUGUAGAUAUCGAUGAAUGCAAAUCCUCACCCUGUGGUGAUAAGGCAACUUGUACCAACACCGAGGGCUCUUAUGAGUGCAAAUGCAGCGCUGGGUUUCAGGAAUUGUCUGGCAACAGUGGAGGGAAGAUCUGUGCAGAUAUCGAUGAGUGUGAAUCCUUGCCCUGUCACCAUAACACAACUUGUAACAACACGCUGGGUACCUUCCAGUGCAACUGCAACGCAGGGUUUCAUGCAUCAGCUUCGUCCACCGGACUCCAUGCAAAUAAGAUCUUAAACAAUGUAUUUUUGUUGUUAAUGAUUGUCACUGUUUACACAGAUAUCGAUGAGUGUGAAUCCUCGCCCUGUCACCAUAACGCAACUUGUACCAACACUCUGGGUUCCUACCAGUGCAACUGCAACGCAGGGUUUCAGGCAUCAGCUUCGUCCACCGGCCUCCGUGCAAAUAAGAUCUGUGAAGACGUGGACGAAUGCGAGCAUGGGCAUCACUGCAGCGCCAACAUGAUCUGUCGCAACACCUUUGGGAGUUUCCUCUGUGUCUGUGGAGCGGGAUAUCACCCAGGGCCGGGACAGGCGCACCAGACUUGUCAAGUCGAUCCACUCAAUUGUUCCGACUCGGGAAAGCAGAGUUCCACAGUGCUGCGGUGCAGUUACGACCAGUUAACCUCUGCAGAAGACGUGCUGAACAAAACUGUUUGCUUCCAAGCUAAAAUGUGUCAGAAUUUCAGCGUGGAAAGUGCUAUCAAGGGCAUGGAAACCAUUACAAACACGGUUCUCAAUCACACACUGCUGGAAACCAUGAACACAAAUGAAAGGCUGAAGGUAGUAACAGCCACAUUGGACCUUGUGGACAAUAUGGCCAUGGCGAUAGCUCUCACUCUGCCCAGUUCACAAGUGGAGAUCAUCAGAACAGAUUCAUUUGAUCUGAUGGUCCAGGUGAUUGAAAAGAAGAAUAGCAGUGAGGACCAGUUGGUGGAGAUGAAGGUUCAGGGCAAUGUCAUGAAGAUAUUCUGGAGUUCAAUCACUGGAGGCACUAACCCUGGGUUUGUGGCUGUUUCCUUUCUCGUAUACAAAGACAUGGAAUCCUUAUUGAACAGAGAGAUUAAAGGAGGAAACUCACCUCAGAAGACGGUCCCAUUAAACUCCAAGGUGGUCUCAGCCACGAUCAGCAACAAAGUUGCCAGCUCCAAGCUGCAAGAAAUAGUCAAUUUCACUCUGGAACUCAACCAGUCACAGGAACAGAAAGACAACAUGACGCCAACGUGUGUGUUUUGGAAGACGACGAAAGAGGAAAGUGUCUGGUCCCGUGAGGGUUGUGUAACGUAUAGUUUCAAUCAGACAUACGUGGACUGCCAAUGUGACCACCUCACAAGCUUUGCUAUUUUAAUGGCUCCUGUUGAUCUUGAGGAUGACCGGCACUUGGAGGUGAUCACCUACAUCUGCCUCAUCAUCUCUCUGCUGUGCCUCGCCGCCUCCAUCGCCAUCUUUGUCAACUGUAGCUCCAUCCAGAACGCCAACACCACCGUCCACAAGCACCUGAGCUUCACCCUCUUCCUGGCACAGUUUGUCUUCCUGAUAGGAAUGCGGAUUAAACACAAGGUGGUGUGCGGCCUGAUUGCAGGCUGUUUGCAUUACCUCUUCCUCGCUGUCUUCGUCUGGAUGUUCCUGGAGAGUUUGCAGCUUUUCAUCAUGUCCAGACACCUCACCGUCACAAACUACAGUCGCACGCACGUCAUCAAACGAAUAUACCUCUACAUUUCCAGCUACGCCGUGCCUGCUGUGAUAGUCGUUAUCUCCGCGGCAAUAAAACCCAAAGGAUACGGAUCGAAUAAUCACUGUUGGCUGACCCUGGAGUCAGGCGUCCGCUGGAGUUUCCUGGGGCCGGUCUGCCUGGUGAUCGUGGUCAACACCGUGUUGCUAGCUUGGACGCUCUGCAUAUUGAGGAAACAUUUUGCUUCACGCAACAAGGAAGUGUCAAAGCUCAAAGAAACCAGAACCCUGACCCUCAAGGCUGCCGCACGGAUGCUUGUUUUGGGAAGCACCUGGAUCUUGGGAAUAUUCCAGGUGGAUGAGAGCACCAUGUUGUUGUCCAACUUGUUCACCGUCAUCAACAGUCUGCAGGGGCUGUUUGUAUUCCUCAUUUACUGCGUCUUCAACCGCCAGGUGGCGACUGAAUGUCGGAAAUGGUUGACCAAAAAGCACAAGAAUUUCACCACCGAAUCCUCACAGAUUGAGAUGACUGAGACUUAUAAAACGUCAUAAGCGGAAGGUUCAAGACUCAAGGACAAGAUUUAUCUCAGUGGAUCUUCCUCUUUUCAUGCUCUCUCACUGUCAUUCCCCAACUCGCUCUGCUUUCCACCCUGAAGAUUAUGGGUUGAAGUCACGCUCCAGUGGUGGGAGAUUAACGUUUCAAGACUGCUCGCUCCUCCAGAGUUAUUUGGCUCAUCCUGGGCUUGUGAAAAUACACUGUAGAAUGUAAGGCAGUGUCUGCAAGUGAGCUGAUCAGGGAAUGUGUGGAUGAACAUUGGCUUUUGUGCAUGUGACCACAAAUAUAUUUCUGGACUUUAGCUAAUUUUCCAAGUUUUGCCCAACCAUCCCGCAUUAUUCAGCAUUAUUCCCCCUGAGAUACUUGGCAGUGCGGACAAGACUCGGACAUCACUGUUGGCAUCUGAUCUGAAGUCAACGUCAGCCCAGAUUUGGACUUGACCUUAUCCCAAACGUUGCAAACACAAGUAUGGACUGGUGCAUGUGCACGGUCCAGAUACACACAGAUCAUGUACACACGUGUACACCACAUACUGACAGAUGCAAUACACCUGCAAAACAGAUCAGGACAGAACGUGGACAUGUACACAAUUCAUAUAGAGUACACAGACAGAGGUACACACAAAAAUACAUACACACACAUGCAUGUACAUAUUAACACACACUCACAGACGUGCACAUACUCAGAUGCACUCGCAGGCAUACACACACAUGCAUACGCACAGGCAUGCGCACACAACACAUACACACACACAGACCUGCACGCACAGACAAGCACACACACAGAACCGCACACGCACAUAUACAAAUACACACUCGCAGACCCAUACACAGACCCGCACAAACACAGACCAUCACACACACAGACAGUCACACACACACAGACCCACCGUACAGACACACACACACAGACCCACAUAAACAAAAACCAGCAUACACACGGGCCUGC